CAGGUGCGGCUUUGACGGAUAAGUGACAAACUGAAUGACAGACUGGCUUUCAACUGAGAUCAAAUAUAGAACCACCCACAUCUGCGGCAGAAUAAGUUUGGUUAAAGGUGCUCUGCUUUCACGGUUCGAUAUGCAUUUUGUAAUCUAAUGAUUGAUCCAUAUUUUAGUCUCUAUGUAAUCUACGAUGACGAUGAUUAGUAUAUUACAAAACAUUGGAUAUCGUAAUUACUUUAAACUGCCAUUAGAGUUUAAGGGACCAAGAAGGCAACAAGACUUCUGGAAUGGAAGCAACAUUGUAUAUUUUCUUAUUGACGUCUGUUGCUGUAUCGAGGUGUCAAUUCAACCUAGGGCUCUGCAGGCCGCAUUUAGUACAAGGGAUUUUCGACGACAGUGUAACGCUGAAAGACUUAGUCCUUGAUGGAGACUACACAGUCAUGUAUACAUCUGGACUGAAGCAAUACGACAACGUUGCUUGCGCCCGUAUGGGAUACAAUUGGCACAAUUCAAGUGGGACGUCUGAGUACUACGUGUACAUCGACACCGGCGAAACAGAAGAACUACACGUUUAUAAAACAGAUGAGUUGCGACCUGGAAUUAUUACUAUGCACUUGAAGAAAUCUGGUAGUUCAAAACAAUUCAUAGUGUACAGGGAACAUGGUAUUCUUCUCAUAUAUUGGUGUCUGAAUAAAGAUAACGACAACUUUAACAAUAAUAUAUGGGUAAUAGCAGCAAAAACAAGUUUGGUAAAAUUAUGGAAAACCAAAAAGGCCGUUCUGCAAAUGCUUUACCACGACGACUACCGCCACCUGAUCGACAAAGACACUGAUGAUAGUCGAGAAGAGGCUGUGAGAUUUUUAGAGCUGCCACUUUGUGAAGAAAUGUAAAUUUUUCCCAAGUUAUAUUAAUUAAUAAACGCUAAAAAUUAACAGAACGUUCAGUUUUACAGUGGUGAUAUUAAAGUAUCUUAUAAAUACUAUUAAAACCCUGAAAUUGAUACAAAAUAUUAUCUCAGUCACAUGUGAGAUACCCAACUUGCUCAGAAAAUUAAAUAAGCGUAGCAUAUUUCCUUUUAAGAAUAAUAAUGGAAUUAUACGUUUCAGAACACAUGGGCUUUAGUCUGGGCUCUUUGUAUUUUUAUGUCUGGAUCAUAACAGGUUUACUUAUCGUUAAUAAAUCACUAGUAACGUAA